AUGCCACGCACCGCCACCCUCAACCGUGAUACCAACGAGACCAAAAUCCAAGUCUCCAUCAACCUCGAUGGCGGUGAGCUGCAAGCUUACGAGCACUCCGACUUUUGGGCCGCGCUAGACAAGAAAAACCUCAAUGGCGAAGGCGAAAAGAUCGACAAAGACCAUGCCUCGCAAAAGUCAAACUCCCAAGAAAUUGCUGUCGACACCGGUAUCGGCUUUCUCGACCACAUGAUCCACGCGCUGGCCAAACACGCUGGCUGGUCUUUGCAGAUCAGGUGUAAGGGCGACCUGCACAUCGACGACCACCACACCUCCGAAGACGCAUUCCUCGCAUUGGGCCAGGCAUUCAAGAACGCCCUGCAAGGCUCAACAGGCCUCGCACGCUUCGGCCACGCAUACGCACCCCUCGACGAGGCACUGUCACGCGCCGUCAUCGACCUGAGCAACAGGCCAUACAGCAUCAUUGACUUAGGGUUGAGGAGGGAGAAGAUUGGCGACUUGAGCUGCGAAAUGAUCCCGCAUUGCUUACAGAGCUUUGCGCAGGCGAGCGGAACAACAUUGCACGUGGACUGCCUGAGGGGAGAGAACGAUCACCACAGGGCUGAGAGCGCGUUCAAGGCGCUUGCUGUUGCCAUCCGCCAUGCCACGACAGUCGUCAAGCAGUGGGAAGGUGAGGUUAGGAGUACAAAGGGUGUGCUUUAUUAG